AGCAUAAGCCGUAGUAGUUUGACCGAGUAAGCUUCCACUUCUUCGACACUCUAGUACCCCACUGCAGUUAUCGAUAUUAUAAGACACUAUAUGCAGUGACGCUAGUGGACCAGCUGUAGUAGCGACUCUCCGGAGUUAGAGCCUUAGAGGAUUUCCAAGUGUUCUCGGAGUCCGAGGCCUUGACAGUUCACUAAUCUACGCAGUACUGUACGCACUCCACAAUGGAUCACGGCGCACAUAAUAUGGGUGCAAGGUGCUCAAUUGCAAUGCACAUGCUCUGGAACACCCAGAUCAUCGACACAUGCAUCGUAUUUUCCCAAUGGCACAUCCGAUCUAACCUCCAAUUCUUCUCCUCCUUCCUUGCCAUCGUAGCACUGGGCAUGCUCUACGAGUACCUCCGCGUUUUCUCGAGGGACUUUGAUAAACGCAUUGCUGUGAAAUUGAGGAUCCAGAACGCGCGUAGGACGCCGCUUACUGCGAGUGGACGGAGCUCGCCUAAACGUCAUGGUGAUGACGCCAAGAAGACGGGCUUGUUGAAUGGGUCGAGGGUCACGAAGAAGCAGGGAUUCGCUGUUCCCCCUCUCUAUCGUGCCAUGCGCGCUGUGCUGUAUGGAGCCAGCGUUGGCUUGUCUUUCUUUUUGAUGCUUGUGUUCAUGACGUAUAAUGCAUACCUGAUUUUUGCAGUUAUCCUUGGUGCCGGGGCAGGACACUACAUCUUGAGUGACACUAUUGAGCCAAACAGCCUUGCUGACAAGGGAAUGGCAUGCCAUUGAUCUGUGUACAUGGGGAAAGCUGCUAUCAAUACGUAUGUAUAUCCAUUCUGCUUACAUCGCUUCGAUUAGUCUCCAUGGCUCCUUCUGUCAAAGACUAGGUCUGAUAUAGACAGACCAUUAAUGAGAAUGCUGGUUUCUUCUACGCUCAUAAUUAAUUAACCUUGCUCACUUCAAAGGUUGAAGACAUUGUUGUACACGAAUACAGCUACGAGUAUGAUCAAUUACUUCAUCUCUGUAUCCUCAUCCUUCUUCGCAAGCCCUUCCGCCCGAAGCAGAGCAUCAAUUUCUGCAGGUUUGUAAAUCUUAGCUUUUGGUGCUUUUGCUACUUGGUCGUAUGUGAGGACUGCAAAUUCGACUG